AUGGCGCUUGCUUUAAUUAGGUGCGUGCUUAGUAUGGAGCUGUCGUGGCCCCUAACACCAAAGAUGAGAGCGCUAUCAAUAUGUAUAACGCUUGGGACCCUGUAUGCCCUUACCCUGGCACAAUCUGAAGAUACUCAGGAGAAGUCGGGAAAAUCCAGAUCGGGUAACCAAGAUGGUGAAAGUCCUAAAGAAGCAUGGAUGAGGGCACCGGCUGUUGGUGUUGUACUUAAAAGUGGAGAAGAUGCUUUACUCACUUGUGUUGUUUUGGGGGCAAACGAUAAACCGGUAUUGUGGAAGAGAGCCAAAGACCUGCAAGUCUUGACUGCUGGUGAUGUACGAGUUACAAGAGAUGAAAGAAUACAAGUUUUGCAUGAUGAUUCGGAAGAACCACUUCAGGGGCCUGGUAUAAAAAAAGGUGGAGAUGUUUGGGCUUUGGUUAUAAAAUCUGUGACAAUUGAUGAUACAGGACUGUAUAUAUGCGAAUUGAACACUGAACCACCUGUCAGAAGCUUCCAUAAGUUAAGUGUUAUACCUACUGUAGUGUAUACUCCACCAAAGGCGACGAAUGUAGACACAUACUCUUCAAAUAUGCCGACUACCGCUCUCGCACAUAACUAUACUAAUUGUUGCGUCAACGCCAACGUAUCGAAGAGUUGUUUAGGAUAUUGUAGUAUACAAAGUAUUUUGGAUGGACCAGGUCAGGAUCCAGAAGCAUGCCAGACAGACUUCCCUUCUAUUGUUAAAUGUAUGGCAGACGGACGUAACCAUGUGCCGUGCUGUAUUCAAGAGCACAUACCCGAUAUCUGCCAGGACGUCUGUAGAGGAGAAUAUUCACCUGUCACUGACAAUAUCAAAACGCAUUACUCUUGUGCUGCAUCUAUGGAAAAAACUUUAGCUUGUAUUGUUGAAGGAAUUGAACUACUACCAAGUCCCCCGGAAGAUGUGGAAGUUGAACCUUUAAACGAAAAACAAUUAAAUGUGUCCUGGAACCCACCAACAGAAAACGUUGAUUCAGUCACAGAAUAUGUUGUCAAUGUGACAGCUUUGCGAUCAUUUGAUGCCCAUUUAAUUGAUCCCUCAGAGAGUUCCCUGAAAAAUAGUACUACUAAAAUGUCCUCAGUCACUUACAAAGUUCCAUCAAAUAAGAAUUUUUUGGUUCUAAAUAAUUUGCUGCCGUUCACAAUGUAUGAAAUUACUGUAACAUCGUACAAUAUUCAUGGAUCAAGUCUACCGAGUUACGGAAUCAGAUCACUAACACUUACUCCUGGUAAGAUGAGAUCGACUGUAGUCGCGGCGGCCCCAAAGCUGCCUGAUGUUAAGGGAUGCUGCACUGCCGCUGGAGUGAACCACUACGGAUGUGUGGAAAAAUUAUGUGAUCCGACAAAAACUUUCGAAAUUGGGUUGCAGGUAACAGACCUGAUGAUCUGCGCACCCUGGGCUGGAGUCACUUUCGGAUGCCUUGCAAAUGGACUAGACCAUACUCCAUGCUGCCGAUCAAGAGGCUUGCCCGAACAAUGCCUGCCGUUAUGCAGCGGAAAUAUUACGUCCUUGGACUUCAAUCACUUUAAGUGUCUUCGCUAUAUGACCUCCUACACGAACUGCCUGCUCCAAGGGUACGGCGUCCUCCCUGGACCCCCAUCUCGUCUCCAUCUGACCAACAUUGACACAGACUAUGCUGUGGUACACUGGGCACCGCCAGCAGCUUUGGCUGAUACCGUUCAAUACUACAACUUGCACUUCAAAUCAUUGCAGUCAGAAGAAGAUUACAGAACUUUGGAUAAGGUCCAAUCACCGCAUAUCCUAGAAGACCUGGAAUCAAACACCGAUUAUGAGAUAUUUGUGGACGCAGUCAAUGAACAUGGUGUUGGUGAAGCGUCUCCCAGACUUAUAUUUAGAACUCAAAGCCAGGUUUUGGAAGAUGAAGAAGAAAAUGCCAACGCCUACAACAUAACAGCUUGCUGUGAACGUGUACAGUUGUCUAGUGUUUGCAUGCCACUUUGUUCUUACAAUGCCAAGAUGUCCAACUUGAGAACCCUCGCACCGCUUUGUGAACAGGAGUUUAAUAAGCUCGUCAGAUGUGGCGCUGGAGGUCGCAAUCACGAAACUUGUUGUGCAAGACGAGGUGUGCCAGCUUCAUGUCGAGGCGCUUGCACAGGAGCUUAUAGCGGCUUAUUCUACUCUUGCAUUGCGUAUGUUGGCAACAUCGUGCAAUGUUUUGAAGAGGGCACUGGUCUCCUACCUGGCCCUCCAAGAGAAGUACACGCAGUGAUAUCCCACGACAAGUUGUUCUUGGACUGGACAAUGCCAACGGAUGGGGCUAAUGCCACUUCAUACACUGUACACUGGCAAAAAAUAAGCAAUAACACUCAGCCCUACUAUUACAAUACUGUACAGCUAGACAACCAAAUGAACGUAACACAAACGAUGGCGCGUAUUGAAGGGCUGGAAGUGAACAGCACUUAUCAUCUUUUCGUAGUGGCUGUAAAUGAUAAAGGGACAUCUCUACCUUCUAGUAUGCUGCUUCUUAACAUCACUGACGGAGACACAGAAAACAAGGAAGUGUCAGGCAUCCCAUCUCCUCCACACUCGUUAUCUGUGUCAUCGCACUCGGCCACGUGGCUAGCUCUUAGUUGGCAACCACCACAAUUUUCAUUACCUGAUGAGAAAAUUUCUUAUACAUUGUACUACAAGAUGCCAAGUCAGACCGGCCAGAGCAACGUCACUAAGAUCACAACUUCUGUGUCUGGUCAUACGUUAGAGAAGUUGACUCCUAACACUCAGUACGUUGCAUGGGUGAAAGCACAUACUGAUGCUGGCGACUCCUUGCCUUCAGAGACAUUGUUAGCUUGGACCGAUCCGGCUUAUCCAGCAUUUGUAGAGCCGCCAACAAUAAAUCCUGUCAACUUAGUCGUAGAAGGAACCAGUAUGACGAUACUCUGCAUUGCGAUGGGAACUCCGACGCCAACCAUAUCUUUAUACAUCUCUGGUCGUCUCGUCCGUCAAGAAGUGACUCGCCACAUGGUGACGGUGGUCCACAAUGUUACUCGGGAUAUGGACCUGAUAUCUUGUUACGCUGACAACGGCUAUGGAACUCCUAUGCAAGCUUCUAGGAAGAUCAAUAUUUCACACAUACCGACAAUCCAAGCAUCUGGCAUCACGAUGGCUGCAGCGGGUGAUUCUGUGAUUUUAGAAUGCAGAGUGGAAGCCCUUCCUAAGCCUACUAUAGCCUUCUGGAGAGACCCUAAUGGACGGACACCUGUAAUUGAUGGUCCAAAUUACACAAUUCAACUACUGGCCGAUGCUGAGGAAAAAACAAAGUACACAAUGCGUCUGAUAAUAAAGAAGAUAACAGAAGCAGAUGAAGGCGAUUACUUCUGCCACGCAGAGAACGCUUUCGGCAAGACACUUAGACCAGUUUCGGUGCGUCUAAGGUCUAGCAAUCCUCAUCACAACGUCACCGAAUGCUGUACUCAGAUGAACGUAUCGUCUGCUUGCAUCGACGCUUGCAGCUUCCAUCUGGACAUGGACAACAUUAUGGACCGGCCAGAGUGUAUGAACGAUUUUGACAAACUAAUGAAAUGUGCUGCGGAUGGUUCAGAUCAUAGAAGUUGCUGUGCUUCUUGGGGAGUCCCUCGUAAUUGUCUGGAGCUUUGUCGUGGAGGACCAGUGUCUAGGACUUGUGCCCUGCAGCAUGCGAGAAGAGCUUUAGCCUGCUUUAGAGAUUCUGGAGCUAGAAUGCCUGGACCACCUAGGAACUUAAGAGCCCACGCAGCGCCUACGCCUCAUGCAGUUUUGUUGAGUUGGGAACCUCCUCGAAAGAAUCCAGAUACUGUUUACUUGUACAGAGUGUUCUGGCGCGCAUAUGGAGCUAAGGUUCCAGAAAAGUUGGACACUAGUGAAACAAGCGUUGUUCUCACUGGAUUGCAAGAUGACGUGAGAUAUGAGUGUGUUGUGAAGUCUGCUAAUGAAGUCGGCACAUCUUCUCUCAGCGAGCCUAUAAUGUUCACGACCGCGGGUCAAGAGACAGGUGCAGCAGCGGCCCCUGUAUCCACUUCUGGUACAGCAUCAGCUGUCGGAGUAGCAGUAGCCUGUAUACUAGUGGCCGCUAUUCUUUUAGCUGCGGGCUUUUAUUAUAGGCACAGAAAGAAUCUUAGACUCAAAGCCCAAGGUGGAGUCGCUUUUGAAAAUCCAAGCUACCUCCGGGAACCAAACCCUGAUAACGUUGUUAAUGGUACUAUGCCAAACGGCACAGCUAAUGGAGAUAACGGAAUAUCAAACGGUAUCUCCAGCAGUGCAGCCUGGAGACAAGAGACCCAAGCCCCUGGAACCACAGGGCCUAGGGAAGUCGAUCCCACACUGUAUGAGGAACUGAAGCUCGGGCAUGAUGGUGCGGGUUUCAAGAGAUUGAAACCA